CUGGGCUGUGUUCAGCGGCAGGAAGUGUCUGCUCUGGGACAGACGCGAACGCCUGUCGCCGCCAGCCCACUGAACCUUUCAGAACCAGCCGGACUCGGACCGGGUCUUGGCGUCUGUGCUCUCCCCGGCGCCUGCACGCGGCGUGCGGGGACAGCAUGUUGCAGGUCUUACUCCUCAGCGUGUUGGGUCCUGCUGCUCUGGGACUCCUGGAGUUCCCAGAGCCACAGCUCCAGGGCAGCCAGUGUGUCGAACAAGACUGCUACGGGCUUUUCCGGGGCCCUGCGACUUUCCGAUUCGCGAGCCAGGCCUGCCAGGGCCUGCGGGGCCACCUGAUGACCGUGCGCUCUUCAGUGGCAGCUGAUGUCAUCUCCCUGCUACUGAGCGGUGACAGCUCUCGCCUCUGGAUUGGCCUGAAGCUCCCGCCCGGCUGCAGGGAUUCGGGACAACUAGGUCCCUUGCGCGGCUUCCAGUGGGUUACUGGCGACAACAACACCAGCUACAACAGGUGGGCGCGGCUCCCCCAACCGUCUCUCUGCGGUCCCUUGUGCGUCGCAGUCUCGGCUGCUAGGUCUGCGUCUGGCGAGCAGGUUUGGGAGGAGGAGCUGUGCACGGUGGAGGCUGAUGGCUUCCUCUGCGAGUUCCACUUCACAGCAUCCUGCAGGCCUUUAACUGUGGAGCCUGGUGCCACGGCGGCCACCAGCGUCUCGAUCACCUAUAGAACCCCGUUCGGUGGCCGAGGCGCGGACUUUCAGGCGCUGCCAGAAGGUAGCUCCGCCGUGGUGGCGCCCUUUGGAGUGGAGCUGGUGUGUGAGAAGAGGCCAGGAGAGGCCGAGGCACGCUGGGGCCGAGAGGAGCCGGGCGCUUGGGACUGCGGUGUGGAGAACGGUGGCUGCCAGCAUGCGUGCAACCAGAGCGCCGGGGCGUCACUCUGCCUUUGCCCCGCGGACACGGCCCCUCAGGCAGACCUGCGCUCUUGCGCCGCGCCUGAGGAGCACUCCUGCGACAAGCUCUGCGAGCACUUUUGCGUCCGCAACCCGGAUGUGCCCGGCUCCUACUCCUGCAUGUGUGCAACUGGCUACAAGCUGGCUGCUAAUCAGCACGGGUGUGAAGACGUAGACGACUGUAUGCAAGUGCCCAGUCCGUGCCAGCAGCUCUGUGUCAACAAGCAGGGCGGCUUCGAGUGCCAUUGUCACCGUGGCUACGACAUGGUGAACGGCGAGUGCGUGGAGUCAGUGGACCCAUGCGUCGGGAGUAACUGCGAGUACCAGUGCCAGCCCUUGGGCAAAACUGACUACCGCUGCGUCUGCGCCGAGGGCUUUGUGCCCAAUCCCCAAGCACCACACAAGUGCCAGAUGUUCUGCAACCAGACUUCAUGCUCAGCAGACUGCGAUCCUAACAACCCGGACACCUGCCAGUGCCCUGAGGGCUACAUUUUGGAUGAGGGGUUCCUGUGCACCGACAUCGACGAGUGCGACAAUGGCAACUGCCUCGGUGCAGAUUCGUGCAGAAAUCUCCCCGGCUCCUACGAGUGCAUCUGCGGGUCUGACUCGGCCCAAGCUGGCACCGACUGUGAUCUCACCACGGUGAGCAACGGUGUCGUAGAGGGCGGCUCUGGGGAGGCCCCAGUGAGCCCAACUCCUGGCGCCACCUCAAGCUCGUCUCCUGCAGGGUCUGUGCAUUCGGGCGUGCUCAUUGGCGUCUCCAUCUUGAGCUUGUGUUUGGUGGUGGAGCUUUUGGCACUCCUCUGCCACCUGCGUAAGAAGCAAGACGCCAUACAAGCCAAGCUGGAGUACAAGUGUGAGGUUCCUGCCAAGGAGGUGGUGCUGCAGCAUGUGAGAACAGAGCAGACGCCUCAAAUACUCUGAGAGACCUCACUUCCUGGCCUCAGGUGUUCGCUUGGCAUCUUCUUCUCUCCUGGCCCUCAUUCCCCCACCUCCUCCCCUAGCCUUACUCCUUGGCUACCCCAAAGCAUUUUAACUGGCAUCAAAAAGUGGAAGAAACCCCCUAUGCCUUCUUUCCAUGAUUGUAGGAAUAGCUCGUUAAAGGGUUACUUUCAUGGUAUCACCAGACUAAAGGGCAGAGAUGGCAGUUUUACAAUGAAGAUGCAGAUUGCAUAAUGUCCCAUGCCCUCUGUGGGGCAGGAGGAGUGAGCAUUAUUGGUCAGUGGCCUUUGGGGAGAUUGUGAUCUGAUGGACUAGUAAGUGUAAUUGUGUCAUGGAUGAUAACUAAGAUAUUUAUUUUUUAAGUAUUUAAGACUUUUUUCUUUUUCGUUUUUUCCUACUUAUACAUCUUCAUACUCACUUUGAGUUCCUUCCUUCUGCUUUCUCACUUUCCUAUCUAUAUAUUUAUAUACUCCUACUUAUCAUGUGGUAACUUUCUUGGUGAUUUAUUUUUUCAGCCUUUUGCACUUAUAAAGCCAAGCCUGAUUUUCCCCUCUCAUUCCUACCAAUUUUCCCUUCCCAGGAACUUGACCCACCCGACUGAGUCAUCCUACCUGUAUCUGACACUACUUUUACUCUUAGCUGUCUGCGUUGGCAGAACUCUUAUGUGACACAGGGAAAAAAAAAAAAAAAAAAACCACUAAAAACAAGAAUGGUUGGGCAUUUGUUCUUUCUCUAGUUUUGCUCAGUUAUCCUGAAGUUUCAUGCAUCAGCAGAGAUAUUAUUUUAACAAAGGUUAAGAUGUGAGAGGCAUUUGUUAUAUUAGUGUUGCUGGACUGUCAUAGAAAUGAAACCCAAAGAGUUUUUAUUUUUAUUUUUUUUAAACAGUGAGCCUGGGUUGUAUUAUUGUUGUUGUUUUAUUUGGAUUGAAAAGUGGUAAUUGUUGUUAAGCUUCAUCUGCAGUUUUCUUUAUUAUUAUUAAUAUUUUUAUUAUUAGCUAUUUUAAACAGUGUUCAAAUGUUCACAUAACUGCUCUUGAUUGAAAGAAAAAGAAAGGACCUCCCAGAAGAGAGUUUAAGAAAGUUUUAAGCUGCAUGAUUCAUGCCAAUUACCUUUUUGACUCUCACAGUUUUUGUAAUUUGUAGGCCAAAAUACGCCCAGCUUUACUGUUUUGGGGGGAAUUUGGGCAUUUAAAUAUAAAACCUGGAAGAUACCCAAUUUAGGGUCUCACCUUGACCAGGCCUUUGAGAAUUUCUCCAUUUUAGAGGGGUCUUCUAACCUCAUUCACUUGGAACAUGCUCUCUGACAAGAAAUGGGGGUUGACUCCCUCCUCCCUCAGCAACUGGUUAGAAAUGCAGAAACUUGAGCUCCAUCCCACCUACUCUAUGGAAAUCUGUAUUUUAACAAGAUCUUCUGGGGGGUUGUCUGCCCAGUGUAGUAUGAGGAGCACUGUUCCAGACAAUUUCCAAUUUCUGGAAUACACUAAAUAUGGAUUAGUAAUAAGUAGCAGGCCAAAUCAAGCCCUUUAUUAUCAAGAAACUGAAGAAUUUUUAUUUCAUAGCUUUGCUUUCCAGUAGAAAAAAACUAGGUACACUCCUUUAGACAUUGCCAAACAAGGUUUUUGGUUCAACUAAGUUAGGAAUGAAAUCAUGAAUGGAAAAAAAAGUGUAUCUUUUGUGACACAAAGAUUUUCCUGUACUAUUUUGUAAACUCAGCAUAUUCGUACAUAUUUAUUUAUUAAUGAUAAACUAGAACACAGGCAAAACCCUUGUUUAUGAUAUCACAUGUAGAAAAUAAACAAAUAACAAUGUGUUCUUAUGUUGUGUGUCUGUCCACCUCCCUUCUCCCAAUCCCCUCCACCCUGUUCAUACCAUUAAAACAAGGUUAUUGAAUAGUGCAAAUACCAUGAAUUUCAUUUGAGGCUGCUCCAUACCCAUUACUAGCCUCCAUCUGCUCAUGGCAUCGUUUCUGACUUCCAAAGAUUUUUUUUCAGAGGUGGUUGUUUUCACUGAAAAAGAUGUCAUGUUAUAUCUAUGCACACAAAUAUUUAUUUAUUUUCCUUCUGUAACUAUAAAAACUUCAUACACAGGACUUGUGUCCAUGCAUUUUAAAAUACAUUAUUUGUUAUUAAAUGAAAUAAGUCAGUCAGAAAAAGACAAAUUCUAUAUGAUUUCACUGAUACGUGGAAUCUAAAGAACAAACUGAACUAACAAGCAAAACAGAAACAGAAUCAUAGAUGGAGAGUAGAUGACAGCUAGUAGGGGAAGGGUCAAGUGGUGGAGGGAUUGAGCAAAAAGGAAAAAUACUCAUGGACAUGGACAACAAUGUGGGAAUUGCUAACGGGAGUGGUGUAUAAGGGGUCUAUAUGGUAAUGGAAAAAAUACAAUAAAAAAAAAUCCUGCUUUGGGCAUCUCUAGAUCCCAUUUCUAGAUCCCAUCUCUGUGCCCUUCUGAACAUAGUUUGGUGUUAUCUGCUCCUUGAGAUAUGCAAAUACAGCAGUCAUGAAAGAGUCUCAGUCUGUGGCUCAAAUGCAAAUAAUCACUUUUACAUAACACGGUCUCAUGUAGUAUUAAAACAUUCUCAUUUCUGUUGAUGAGAGACACUGCCUUUUAAAUACACAAACCUCUUUGGCCCCUUUUUCUGGCUUGGUGGAACUGGCUGAAUUUUAUAUGCAGUGCAUUGGAAGUUUUCAUAGAGCACAAGAUAACGAAAAUUGAAUUCAUCAAAUAUUCAAAUACUUUUAUACAUCUGGAUAAUGCAGAAUUCUUCAGUUUUAAACUUAGUAGUUAACUAUUGUGAAGGUGCAGUUGGAGAUUUCAACAUCCAUCUUGGAUAAAGUUGACUGUUUUGGCAUGUGGAGGGUGAGAGAUGGGUGCUACUAUGAGCAGUGCCUUAUCCAGACAAGUGGUUGAGCAAUGUUGCAUUUAGGAGUUUGGUAGAUUAGCAAAACAUCAAAUUCAAUAGAAGGUAAUAUGAAGGAAGAAGUCGCUGAGUGGGGCAAAGCAGGUACAGAUAAAUUGUUCUGGGUGUUCAGAAAAGAGAGGGGUACCUUACAAAUUUGUCCUGACUACCAGACCUUCCAUUUUUCAAAAGCGCCUGUUUCCAACUUGCUGUCAAAUUAACAAUUCCUUUAAAUUUUCUUCCUCCAGAGAAGGGGCAUUUUCUUAAGAAGAGAAGACCAAAACACACAUUUAGGACUCAGAAGCAAGAACUUUUACUGGGGUAUCUCGGACUCCAAAACACCGGUGGAGUAGAGGCCCAGACCCUUCCUAUCCUCCUCGCUCCCUGUUUCCUGAGAGAUUAGCAUGCCUAUUUACAGGUUUUAUUUAAACAUGAGGUUCUCAAAAACAAUUAAGAACCCCCAGUCCCUCUCUGAGAAAGACACUGAGUCCAUAUAAACAAGAUGUUAGCUAAAAAACUAGCCCUCAGCAUUUAAAAGAGGGUAGAUCUUAUGGAACAGUAGCCACAAGUCAAUCUGUACAAUCUGUUUCCUGUUCACAUUGUUGGACAUCCAGGACUGAAGGGGAUUCCCAAACCUAAGCAAGCUCUACAUGUUUGUUAAUGAUGUUCCACAGUGGACAGGGCCUGGGGGAGAAGGUCAAAGUGGUAUUUCUGCAUGAGUCAUAAUUUUAUUUUAUGAGUCAAAUGGCUUUUUAGUAUUCCCUUUGGACCUAAUCCCUUUUCUUGGAUAAAAGGUAACAUUGUCACUUAGCUUUGGAAAGCACUAUUAUGUUCCAAAAGAUGAAUUUUAAAUCUCUUUCAGGAGUACAGAUCCCGCUUUCCCUUGCUGUAUUAACAGUAGCAACAAGAUUUGAGUCCUCCUCAGGCAGCACCCGCUUUAUCCAUGUGUAGUAGAUGCAAGACUCCAUUCCCUUGAGUUUUAAGGAAGAAUGUGUUGUCAGCAGGACAGCACAGGUCCUGUCCAUUGCUUGGCUCACAGGUCCUUAGCAAGACUGUGUCUUUCUGCUGGAAUGGAUGUAAGGGCUAAUCAGGCAAGUAAGUAGAUAGACCAGCAAUAAGCAAAUUUGUGGAAAGUUUUUAGUGUUUGCCCUAAAUGUUGUACAUAUUGUUUGAUUUUUGAUUCAAGUUCUAAAUCUAAAAGGGGUGUUCUUAAAACAGAAACUUGGAAGGGUCUCCCAUAAACUAUUUAAAAAAGGUUUAAUUUAAGCUUGCUUUGGGACACUAUGAUAAUCCACAGCAAGACAAUAAGGAGUGCUUGGUCUCAUUUCAAAUGUGUUUUCUGGCAUAUUUUUGCCACAGUUUUCUUUACUGUGUGGUUCAUUUUGUCAUUCUU